CACGCUGGGGGCGGAGCUGGCGGCCGGCGGGCGGGCGGGCGGCGGAGGCGCGGGGCCUGGUCCCGCCGGCACCAUGGCCAAGACCGUGGCCUAUUUCUACGACCCCGACGUGGGCAACUUCCACUACGGGGCUGGGCACCCUAUGAAGCCCCAUCGCCUGGCAUUGACCCACAGCCUGGUCCUGCAUUACGGUCUUUAUAAGAAGAUGAUCGUGUUCAAGCCAUACCAGGCCUCCCAGCAUGACAUGUGCCGCUUCCACUCUGAGGACUACAUUGACUUCCUGCAGAGAGUCAGCCCCACCAAUAUGCAAGGCUUCACCAAGAGCCUUAAUGCCUUCAACGUGGGCGAUGACUGCCCAGUAUUUCCCGGGCUUUUUGAGUUCUGCUCCCGUUACACAGGCGCAUCUCUACAAGGAGCAACCCAGCUGAACAACAAGAUCUGUGAUAUUGCCAUUAACUGGGCUGGUGGUCUGCACCAUGCCAAGAAGUUUGAGGCCUCUGGCUUCUGCUAUGUCAACGACAUUGUGAUCGGCAUCCUGGAGCUGCUCAAGUACCACCCUCGGGUGCUCUACAUUGAUAUUGACAUUCACCAUGGUGAUGGGGUUCAGGAAGCCUUCUACCUCACUGACCGAGUCAUGACAGUGUCCUUCCACAAAUACGGAAAUUACUUUUUCCCAGGCACAGGUGACAUGUAUGAAGUUGGGGCAGAAAGUGGUCGCUAUUACUGUCUCAAUGUGCCCCUGCGAGAUGGCAUUGAUGACCAGAGUUACAAGCACCUUUUCCAGCCAGUCAUCAACCAGGUGGUGGACUUCUACCAACCAACGUGCAUUGUGCUUCAGUGUGGAGCGGACUCUCUGGGCUGUGAUCGACUGGGCUGCUUCAACCUCAGCAUCCGAGGACAUGGGGAGUGCGUUGAAUAUGUCAAGAGCUUCAAUAUCCCUUUACUGGUGCUGGGUGGUGGUGGCUAUACUGUCCGAAAUGUGGCCCGCUGCUGGACAUACGAGACAUCGCUACUGGUAGAAGAGGCCAUUAGUGAGGAGCUUCCUUAUAGUGAAUACUUCGAGUACUUUGCCCCAGAUUUCACGCUCCAUCCAGAUGUCAGCACCCGCAUCGAGAAUCAGAACUCACGCCAGUACCUGGACCAGAUCCGCCAGACAAUCUUUGAAAACCUGAAGAUGCUGAACCAUGCACCUAGUGUGCAGAUUCACGAUGUACCUGCAGACCUCCUGACCUAUGACAGGACUGAUGAGGCUGAUGCAGAGGAGAGGGGUCCUGAGGAAAACUACAGCAGGCCAGAGGCACCCAAUGAGUUCUAUGAUGGAGACCAUGACAACGACAAGGAAAGUGAUGUGGAGAUUUAAGAGCACCUUGGGAUGCUGUCCCAAGGACUUCCUUUCACCUCUUGGUUGGGCUGGAGGGAAAAGAUGUGGCUCCCUUAGUCCUGGACUGGCCACCCUAGGGCUUUUACUGACUCUGAAGAGUUUGGAGACCACAUCUGGUUCUAGAACCAUCUACCCCUUUUCCCCUCUCUCCCAAGCCUUGCCAGUGGUACCUAUUAGGGAUGAGAUGCAGACAAGGAGAGCUGUCUGGGACAUUAUUGGAAGUGGACUGGAGGCCAGUCCCCAGCCACUCUCCUCUUAUUCCUUCCCUGCUUCCUUCCAACCCAGAGACUUUUAGGAAUGAAGAAGGGGUAAGCGGGACUGAGGUUGUCUCUGACUUCUCUCUCCUGGGUUCUCUUGGUGAAGGCCUUGCUUCCAGAGCACAUGAAGAGAGUGAAGCAUUUUGUGGGUGUCUCUGGCUUCUAAAACACCCAGAUGAUGUUUUUGAGUGGGGAGAGGAUAUGAAAAUGUCCUGUUCUAACUUUUGGCUUUAUGUUUAUUUUACCACUGUUUUUAUCCAAUAAACCAAGUUGGUAUUUUUUGUACUUUU